AUGACCCACAUAGCAGUGAAAAAAAAUUGCAAUUAUUUUCCAUGGAAUGUGAUUCUCGUUAUCCUCUUUCGAAAUCACGAUUUGUGACAGGAAGCAUUAGGGAAAAUUGGCGACGAGGACGAGGCUGCUAUUAGAAUAGCAGGCAGGAUCAUCAUCGAGAAUCUUGGUCGUCAAUGGCAAGAAACCUCAAUGAAGAGGUGUCAUUAAGAAGGAUAUAAUUGAUGAGAAAAUUACUUUAAAUUACUUUUAUUUAUUUUUAAUUUCUAUUUUAUAAAAUUUACCUUCUGCAGGGUCUUCGUCUUAUACAACAGUGUAAUUACUCUCGUGAUCUCAUGUAAUUAAUGGAAACUUAUUUGUUCCAGUGUAAUUAAAAAAAAUAAUUCGCGUAUGAAUGUAUUAAGAAACAUUGUGUAUAGCCAACGAUCAUUAGAAUAAUCCUGACCUACGUCAGAUUCACGUAACUAUCAUGAAGAGGAGUUUCAUCGUUUGUGGAUGGCUGGUUACGGCCCUGACUGAGUUAAAAGGAGGCAUUCUACCGUGAUAAAUUCACCGUUGCCACAGGUGGGGGCGAUCCAUGGUGCGGAGAAAGUGCUGCAGCUGCAGGAUGAGGAUGCUAAUCGGGCUGUUAGCGAUUGCCACAUGGACCGGGAUCACCGUUGCUGAAUUACCACCUGGUGUACAGUCUUGUCCCCGAACCACCGACCUGACACAAUACGGGAAAUGUGUGCUGGAACAAUUAAAGGCGAUCAACCCAUACCUCGCCAACGGUAUCCCAUCCUUAAAGCUGCCCGCCUUAGACCCGCUGUACCUUCCUUCGCUAACCGUCGACAGGAAUCUGGAAUCGUUGAAGAUCAAGGCGAACAUGACGAAGAUACGCGUGUACGGGGCGACAAAUUAUCAGAUCGAUGAUUUGAAAGCGAACCCUCAUGAUCUCUCGGUCACCCUCAAAGUGGAACUGCCCCAUGUCCAUGUGAAUGGCGACUAUGAUGUGCAAGGAAGGCUAUUGUUACUUCCUCUGAACGGUGCUGGGAGUUUUAAGGGAAAUUUUACUAACACAGAGGUGUUUGUAAACGCCCAGGGCAAAGAGGCGACGGACAAGAACGGAGUCCAGAGGAUCGAGAUCGACAAAUUAGUGACAAAAAUCCGCGUUGGCGAUGGAAAUAUUAAAUUAAAAGCGCCUCCAUCUCAUACAUUAGCCGCUGAUGCAGCAGCCACAUUUUUCAAUUCGAAUCCCCGUUUAGUCCUGGACAUUGCUAGCCCCAUCAUCGAGGACACUGCUGCGACUGUGAGCAGAGCAUUGGCUGCCAGAGCAUUGGGUGCCCUCACCAAAGAAGAAUUACUCCCCUAGUCCCUACAAUUAUUUUUAGUCUUCUUCCAUAAGUAAUUGCUUCUAUGGCUAAUAAUACAACGAGCUUUCGUUGAUUGAAACGAAUGAGUCUUGUUGAUCGUGAUAAACGUUGAGUACAACUCGAUGAUUAGUAAUUAAAUGUAGAACGCUGUCAUUACUGAUAGCAUGCUUUAAUUGAAAUUAUUCAGCAAAUUAAUUAUUUGUAAUUUUAUAUUGAUCAGUAGAUACGGUAAACAUUUUUAUAAUUACUUCUUCUGAAUUUGUAUUUCAUUGCAGAAAACGAGGGCGAAGGAAAUUGUUUUUGCAAAAUGAUUUUUGUUGAUUGCUAAAUAAAUUGCAUUACUUAUGGGAUUUAUUUUUCAGUUUACUAGGAUUAUUCUUAUUCUUAAUAGAAAUAAUUAUUUUCUUCGAUGAUCACCUUCCAGUGAAGUACAAUUGAUUUGUAAUAAGGAUGAACCUUAUUUCGUUAUUGAAAAUUAAGAAUAUAAUUAUGCAGAUCAGUGAUUAUAAAAGAAUAAUAAUACACCUUAAUCUUCGUUUCUCCUUCAUCAUUGAAAUACUUAUUAUACACCUAAUCUAAUAAAUUUGAUUACAUACAAAUUGUAUUCACGUUAAUGUUACUUUUUGCUACUUUGUUCAAUAAUUAAUA